AUGGUUACCCUGGCUACUACCAGUCGCUAUGUGGCACCUAUGCGCGCUACUGCUAAUGUACAAACGUCAUUCUGCAAACCAUCCGCUGCAACGCUGCAUUCGGUCGGGUGGCUGCUAAAAGAGAGUCUAAAAAAUAUUAAAGGGUAUAAGCGAAUGAUGACAGCAUGUGCUUCGUGA